GUGUAGUUAGGGAGAAGCAGACAUUCGCGUGAGGCAGGCAGUAUUCUAUGCGCGUGUGCGUUUAAAUAUAGUAUCGAAGUUUUAAGAUUCCUCUUUCAUUCGCCUAUGAGAUACCAGAAUGAUCACAAUAUUGUGUUUGCUUGUCCUACUGAAUGUUACAAUAGCCAAAGAUGUAUUUACAAUCGGUGGACUUUUUCACGAAGACAACUACCAAGCUGAAAUGGCGUUUAAAUACGCGUUGGAACGAUACAACAUGUUCAACCAUGACAUCGAAUUUCGUGCUCAAAUUGAACGAGUAACAAAGACAGAUCCAUUUGCAGUUUCUAAACUGGUGUGUUCAAUGGUAUCUUCUGAAGAAGGUGUUGUUGCUAUUUUUGGACCCGAGUCAAAAGAGGUUGAUGCUAUGGUAAAAUCAGUUGCAGCAAAUUUAGAAAUUCCGCAUAUUUCUACUCAUUAUCUGACUAAAACAACAUAUGUGUCAACAACAGCAUUAAAUAUAUAUCCUGACUAUGAAAUGUUGGCAACGGCAAUUGCAACUAUUGUGCAAAAUAUGGAUUGGAAAACCUAUAUGAUUAUCUAUGAAGACAAUGAGAGUUUAGUCAAACUUCAAGAUGUUUUAAAACUUACUCAAGCCGAUUCUCCUCCGGUUACAAUUAGGCAACUGGAUAGCUCUGAGGAUCAACGGCCACUUUUUAAACUGAUCAAGCAAUCUGGCGAAAGCAACAUUAUCUUAGAAUGCAAAACACAUAGAAUUCUAGAUAUAUUGGCUCAAGCAAAAGAAGUAGACCUUUUGGAAUAUUUUCACAAUUAUUUUUUAACAGAUUUGGAUGCACAUACUUUGGAUUUUACUGUAUUGGGAACCAAUGCCAACAUUACGACUAUAAGACUUGUGGAUCCAAACAAUCCGAUUUUACAAAAUACUGUCCGAGAUUGGGAAAUGGGUGAAUUGAACCGAAAGCAGUUUGUCAGUAUUCCACCUACUGAAGUCACUACUGAGGCGGCACUAAUGCACGAUGCAGUAAAUUUUUUUACAACUGCAUUUCAAGAAUUGCAUAUUACUGAGCCAAUUGUCGCCAAUAAGGUUCAAUGUGGCGAGAAUGAAAAAUGGGAGGGCGGCUUUCGGAUAACAACAUAUAUGAAAAUUCGUCCAUUUCUGAAUGCUUUGACCGGAACAGUCAAAUUUAAUGAGUGGGGCAAACGUGUCGAAUUUGCAGUCGAACUUAUCGAAAUAAUCGACAAGCGUAUUGAAAAAACUGCAACCUGGUAUCCAGAAAAUGCCGAUCACUUAAAUUUUACAAGAAGCGCCGACGAGCAAAUGCAACAGAUUGUCGAGAAUCUUCAGAAAACUAUUGUUAUGGUAUCCUCUCGGAUAGGGCCACCAUAUUUAAGUUACCGCAAACCUCAAUAUGAAGGAGAAGUUCUGGAAGGAAAUGCAAGGUUUGAGGGAUAUUCUAUGGAUUUAAUCGAUGCUGUUUCUAAAGAACUAAAUUUUACAUAUCGAUUUUUUCUAACCGCUGAUGGUGCAUACGGAACCUAUAACAAGAAAACUAAGGAGUGGAACGGCCUAAUUAAAGAUUUACUAGAAAGGAGAGCCCAUUUGGCAAUUUGUGAUUUAACUAUAACGCAUUCGAGACGAAGUGCUGUGGAUUUUAGUCUUCCAUUUAUGACACUCGGCGUAAGCAUUUUGUAUAGCAAGUCAAAACCGUCAGAACGAAAUAUUUUUGCGUUUAUGGAACCAUUAGAUACCACCGUGUGGAUGUACAUCGUGUCUGCUUAUAUUUCUGUGGCAUUGGUCAUUUAUUUAAUUGCCAGAAUGGCGCCUGGGGACUGGGAAAAUCCACACCCAUGUGAUCAGAAUCCAGAAGAAUUGGAAAACAUAUGGGAUAUGAAAAAUUGUUUAUGGUUAAUGUUGGGUUCAACUAUGUCGCAGGGUUGUGAUAUAUUGCCAAAGGGAAUAUCAUCAAGAAUGGCUGCUUCAAUGUGGUGGUUUUUUAUUUUAAUUAUAUCUUCAUCAUAUACUGCAAAUUUAGCUGCGUUUUUAACCAUGGACAAAAUGGCACCGAGUAUAGACAACGCUGAAGCUCUCGCCAAACAAACUAAAAUAAAAUAUGGAACAGUUGAUGGUGGGUCCACUCAAACAUUUUUCAGAGAAUCGAAUUUUUCAACGUAUGCAAGAAUGUGGACCCAAAUGGCAUCUGCAAAACCCAGUGUAUUUGAAAAAAAUAAUGCAGAUGGUGUAAAACGAGUCCUUACUACUAAGAAUCAAUUAUACGCAUUUUUAAUGGAAAGUUCACAGAUUGAAUAUGAAGUGGAAAGAAAUUGUGAACUGAAACAAGUUGGCGGACGCAUGGAUUCUAAAGGAUAUGGUAUUGCAAUGCCAGUGAAUUCACCAUAUAGAAGCGCAAUUAACAAAGCAGUUCUAAAUAUGCAAGAAGACGGAACUUUAAAUUUGCUCAAAAACAAAUGGUGGAAAGAAAAAAGUGGCGGAGGUUGUGAGGAAUCAGAUGAAGGAGGCUCUUCAGCAGACUUAAAGUUAGCAAAUGUUGGUGGUGUGUUUCUCGUAUUAGGUGUGGGCGUUUCCAUUGCUUUCAUUUUCUCAAUCAUUGAAUUUUUCUGGAACGUGCAUACAGUUGCAGUGGAACAAAAGAUAACUCACAAAGAAGCGUUGAUUAAUGAAUCUAAAUUUGCAAUCAAAGUUUGGAUUACACAGAAGAGAACAUCACCCGGAUCCGAAUCCUCGAGCAAAGCUGAUGAUACAUCACUUUCCAGGAAGGACGGGAAUUAUCAUGACAGCCUUAGUGCACAUAGGCAAUCUGAUACCUAAAUCCUACCACCAAAUAUAGUAUCCUUUAAUAGAUAACAAUUUCCUCCACUAAGUGUGCGUAAAUUCAAACCACAUAAUCCUUUGAAAAUCACUAUGUUUUUCAUUUUUUGGUCAAAACACAAAACCGAAUUUGUGUUUCACAUUUAAAUUUUUGAAAGGCAUAGCUAAACUGUUUUUUCAAAUAAUUUUUGGCUGGAAUUUAGUUGAAUCUUUAACGGUGGAACCCUAUUGCACUUUUAAACUAUAUUAUCGGACUUUAUAUGGAGAUUAUUAGCUAAACUAUUAGUUUGAUAAUAAAAUGUAAUUUAUCAAAA